GCAUUAUUUAUAACUCGCGGGAUAGCGCGAAACUUUUUGACACGUCGUGCGCAGGGAAAAUGUUCUUUGUCAGGUAGUCGAGUGCAAUCUCUCGCAGACCUUCGAUUCUACUCAGCCGCAAAAGAAAGCGUCUUUUGUGUAUAGCUACGCAGUUAGAAGAAAGGAGGCAGCGUAAUCUUCUCGAGAUAUUUGAUCGUGAGUAACGAAAGCUUCCGCGAGUCUAAUAGAGCUUAAUCCAGUCAACGGUAUAUAUACACGAACGUACACAAUCGAUUCCAUUUGUUCGCCGACGACAAAAAGAAAAAAAUCUCUUGUUACUUGUUAUAAUUACGCGGCUCCUCCCACGACGAGAUGCGUCGGUCGUCGAUGCAUCGGCACGCGUCGGGUAUUAGACGUUGAAUUAAAUUUGCGGAAGAGAAGGAUAUAAGAGUACAGAGCAUCAGUCGCGCGCGCGCCGAGUAGCCGCAGUAAGCGCUUGACCGGCGUCAUGGCUGGAUCAUCAUUACCGUCCUGCACUACGACGGCCACUUGGAUCCUCCUGAUCUUUGGAGUUUUGGCUGCCGUUGCUAUUGCUCACUACACUGAUGAUUCGGACUACAACGACUUCGAUUACUACAAGGAGCUGCCGGAAAAAAGACCCCCCAGCUACGUGGCGGUUGAUCAGCUGCAGGAUGACUUCUACAUUGUCAGCGACCCUGACAAUGUUGGCGAUCGGAGUCGACGUGUUGCCGGCGGUAGUAGAGAAGACAGAGGGACACAUGACGGGAUGAUGGGGGAAAGCUGGACGACGCCCGAAAAGGUCUACCGCUACACGAAGCACCGGAUACCCGGUUACGAUUACGAGGAGCUCGAGUUCCUAGACACGCGGCAGCCCCAACGCUGCGACGAGCGCUCAGUUUGGACUCACUGCCUUUGCCAAUUCACCUGUGCAGAGCCCAACAUCGUCGAUUGCUUCACGCCUUGCAAUAGCGGCUGCGAGUGUCGUGAGGACUUUGUCUACGAUCCCAAGAGCCAGCAAUGCGUACUACCGGAGCAGUGUCCGCCUGAUGACUACUAUCUGUACUGAUUCCUCAUUUUUCGAGAUUGUAUGUUUGUAAUUUUGGUUGGACUUUACGACGGUUUGAUUGUCGCGUACUCAAAUAAUCGAUCGAUUAAUGUUUCUUUUUUUAUAAAUAAUACUUACUUUGCUAUCCAUAAGUUUUGCUAUCCUCGUUAUAUGAGGCACAAAGUCCGAGCUUAAGUUGUUAUUUUCUGUACUGCCCGAUGCUGCGUCUCCGACAAAGGCCCAACGAUACCUGAAAUCAUUUUACAGGCAGGUAUUACAAAAAGCUUAUAAGAACAUUCAACCACGUAUUUUGAAAAAUUAUAAAGGGAUUUUUUAAAUAAAAAUUUGUACACGUACAUUUGGAAUUGCGGCAGUCGGUGAGCCGGCAACAAAAGUGCUAAAUCUAACAAUUUCGCAGCAGCCAACUGCAAUUGCAACCAAUGUGGAUGACCGUGUGCUUGAAGUCCGUUGCUCGCAUUCACAGCCCAGGACGAGUCCAAUGCCGAAAGCAGCUUAAUGUGUGAACUGUCAAACAAAUACCCAACAUUAAUUUAAUUGUUCAUCAAUAAACUUUUAAACUAGCUUCGUUACUGUAUUUUAUUUUUAUAAUGGUUAAGCUGUUACAGCACUAAAAGACUGCGAAUGUUUUUUACAAUAUACCAAAUGUUUGACGCAAUGAAAUUUUUUCUGUAAAGAACAUACAGUUCACAGAUGGUAGAAGAAUGUACAUUUAUUGAUGUUAUAAAAUAGUUUUCACACAUUGUCAAACACAAUCUGAAGAAAACACUUACUCCGAUGUCUCAUUUGUUAACUAAAAUUUUACUUUCUAGUGAAUAUGCUAACUCUACUUCAUUGCAGCUAUUAUCAAGCUAUGAUACAUAUGCGUUUUCUAAUAUUAAAUUGCUUAAAGUUUACGUAUAAAGAGAACUAGGAGAGGAGUAAAUUUUUUCUUUACAAGUAAAUUAACGGUCCACGUUGCAUCCAAGACAAAAAUGAAACAUUUUUAAUGAAUUACCUGUUCUGACGACUGCCAUCCCAACACCAACCAACCAAUUCAUGGUGGCACCGAAAUUCCCAUCAAAUCGAAGAUGCCAAAACAGAGCGAAAAAACAUCACAUCAUUAGGAUAUGUCGAUUGUUAGUAGGAGACGUUUGGAUAUGACCGUAUGUUUUUUGAAUGAUACUUUUACUAAGUGAUUUGAAUAUUUUAACUUGUCCGUUUGCAAGUUAUGCAUAAAUAUGAACAAAAUUUUAGA